GCGUCAUUAUUGAGAAACGUCCCAUUGAUUUUCAGUGGUUUCUGUUGUUUUGGAGACGUGUUUCAGUUGUGUUUUCUAUGUGUUUGGGUGUCGCUGGUGUAGAGACUCAGAUAAGCAGCAUUAUCAGUGAAAAAAACUUGCAGUCCCUCAUUGCAUAUGCAUGAGGAGGGUGGAGUCAGAUAAUCUCAGGGCGGAGCCACUCAUAUAGGGUAUCUCUAGCAGGGUCUUCUGCAGUUUUAAAGAAGAACUAGUGCUCUUACUGUUCACGUGCUGCGUGUGAGUCUCAGUGCUUGAGCAUUAAAAUCGCGGCUCAUAACAGUGAAUCUGACCGUCAUGGACCCUCAGGUGCCCAAAGACAAAUAUAAUGCCGUGUGGUUGGUUUUCUUUAUGCUGGGGUUGGGAACGCUGCUGCCGUGGAAUUUUUUCAUGACAGCUACUAUGUAUUUCACCAGUCGUCUUGCAGACCCUUUAAGUAAAGCGAAUUCUUCAGCCAACGCGACUGAAGGCGGCUCACGAAGCGUCUUACAGGCCAAGUUUAAUAAUGUGAUGACGUUGUGUGCGAUGGUUCCUCUGCUGGUCUUCACUUGCCUCAACUCAGUGCUUCAUCAGAGAAUUCCUCAGAAGCUCCGGAUCGGAGGGAGUCUGACGGCCAUUCUGUCUGUGUUCAUGCUCACCGCCAUCCUGGUGAAAGUGGCUUUGGAGCCGCUGCCGUUCUUCGUCAUCACCAUGAUUAAAAUCAUCUGCAUUAACUCAUUCGGAGCGGUUCUUCAAGGAAGUCUCUUCGGGAUGGCCGGACUCCUUCCAGCAUCCUACACGACACCCAUCAUGAGCGGACAGGGACUCGCAGGAACCUUCGCUGCUUUCUCCAUGAUCUGUGCCAUCGCCAGUGGUUCUGCAAUACACGACAGCGCGUUUGGAUACUUCAUCACAGCGUGUGCCGUUAUUUCCCUCACCAUCGCGUCGUACGCUGUCCUUCCUAACCUGGCGUUUUUUCAGUACUAUCAGCAGGGUCAGCAGAACAUACCAUCUGAAGAUCAGGAGAACAAGAUGGAUCUGCUGAAGAAAGAUGAGCGGCAGAAGAGCGCCGGAGACGACGGCAAAAAAACACAGUCCAUACCGGCCAUCUUUAAGAAGAUCUGGGUUACGGCGUUCUCUGUGUGUUUCGCCUUCACCAUCACCAUUGGCUUGUUUCCCGCCGUUACUGCGGACAUUAAAUCUACCAUCGCUAAUGGUGGAAAGUGGGAGCAGUAUUUUAUCCCGGUGUCUUGUUUCCUGUUAUUUAACGUGUUUGAUUGGAUGGGUCGCAGUCUGACCGCAGUCUGUAUGUGGCCUGGUAAAGACAGCAAGCUGUUGCCGGGUCUGUUAGUGGCUCGUGUGAUUUUCGUCCCUCUCUUCAUGCUCUGUAACGUCCAGCCUCGCUACAAUCUGCCCGUCUACUUCGCACACGACGGCUGGUUCAUCGGCUUCAUGAUCCUCUUUGCCUUUUCUAACGGAUAUCUGGCGAGUUUGUGCAUGUGCUUCGGGCCCAAGAAGGUGGAUCCGAGCGAGGCGGAGACGGCUGGAACGAUCAUGGCCUUCUUCCUGUCUCUUGGUCUUGCUUGCGGGGCGUCUCUGUCGUUUCUGUUUCGAGGGCUCAUCUGAAGUCUCGCUGGACGUCACACCCUGCGUUCUAGACAGAAAUGAGACUAAAUGAGCCAUACUGCUGUUCUCACAUCCUAUAGUCAUAUGAAGGUCCAGAGUGACCCUCCAUACAGGAGAAACUCAAAACAUCAGUGUUACUUAAACAUCAAGACCUGCUAUUCAGCAGAAAGUACACAGAUGUGCAGAUAGUGGAGUCCUAAAUAUUAUAUUUUAUUGCCCAUAAUGUAAAAAACUUAGAGAAUACUCUACUGGUCAAACAUUUGGGGGUCAGUAAGAUUUUAUUUUUUGAGAAAUUGAUAUUUUUAUUUAGUAAAGAUGCAUCAAUUUGAUCAAAAGUGACAGUAAAGACGUUCUAUUGAUCAAAGAAUCCUGAGAAAUAAAAUGUAUCACGGUUUCCGCAAAAACAUGAAGCAGCACAACUGUUUUCAACAUUGAUAAUAAUCAGAAAUGUUUCUUGAGCAGCAAAUCAGCAUAUUAGAAUGAUUAAGACUACCGUAAUGAUGCUAAAAAUUCUGCUUUCCAUCACAGAAAAAAAAUUACAUUUUACAAUGUAUUAACAGAAAACAGCUAUUUUAAAUUGUAAUAAUAUUUUACCGUUUUUACUGUAUUUUUGAUCACAUAAAUGCAGCCUUGGUGAGCAGAAGAGACUUCUUUCAAAAACAUUUUAAAAACCCUCCUGACCCAAAAAGAUUGAAUGGUAGUGUAUAAGUAGUACAACCAUUGUUAUUGUUUAAGAAAUACUUGUUUUAACCUAUUUUGAAUGAAUAGUUCACACAAAUGCAAAAUUUACUCAUGUCAUAAUGACGUUUUGGAUGUGAACUAUUUCUUCAAAUUGAUUUUGAGUUUUUAGCAGAUUUUCUUAAAAAUAUAUUUGCACAAGAGCGACAUUUAAGACAGAACAGCAUGCUAUUUGUAUAAUAUUCAAAUCUCUUUAUUUUAUAGAUGUUUAUGUAAAGCAAAUAUUUUAUUGUAGUCUUUUUCAAUAACCAGGUGGACAUUCAUAGCGUUUUACAUUAUGAUGUGAUAUGUAACUUACAUAAAACAUCAGUGUGAAGUUUUGAAAUUUUAAGCGCAUAUGAACAAACCAACUCUACCUCGUUCCAUAAACAACAAAUUGUUUUUCUCAACACUACAUUAUUCUCUGAAAAACAAGACACCAAAGUGCCAAAUAUUAUAUGCUUUAUUAUAAAUAAUAAUAAAAAAAUGUUUAUUUCUGGA